UUUAAAUCUGAGAAAUUGCGAAAUUUAUUAGAUAUUCCAGCGAAUACAUGCUGCUAGCUAGCUACAGCUAUAUAUACUGCAGAACGUGAGGGCGCUCGACAACAUUAAGUGAAGCGGCGAGAUGAAUUACGUCGGGAGUAGAGUAGAUGUGCAAGAGACGGGUUUUCCUACUCAGCUCAAUGUCAGCGUGUGAUAUCAUAGUGACUGCAAAUGUCACCUUGAGUCUUGAGAGGGGGUUCAUCCCAACGGAAGGCACGUUUCACGGCCAUGGGUUAGAAUUGAGUCAAUGCAUAAUACUUCUUGGUUCCGUCGUGCUCAAAUUAGCUCCUGUAGUACCCCAUUAUAGCUCUUUGACCCGGCAGGCAGACAUGUUGAAAAGGAAAGUACACAACAUUCCGCCUUGUCAUUGAGAGACGGAGAAUUAUCGACACCGUGACAUGCUAGCUAAGUGGUGGAUGCUUGAUUUAGAGUUAGGAGUGUGUGGUCGCUGCUCGACAUCGUCAAGAUCGUUGUUAAAGGGUUCAAGGCAAGAUGAAU